AGGACAACCGCCGCGUUAGUGUUGUGGUGACUUGUGGCCAUCAUGAAUUAGGAUAUUGUUUAGAACAAAAUGAACCGCGGCUCGAAGGAAGAGUUGCUCGGCAGCUCGCAGGAGGCACUGCUGAACAGUCAGAACGACCUUCGGAAUGUGUACGAGCGCCCACUCACGAGGGAGGAGAAGACCUUCCUUCUGAACGCUGAUCGAGGUGACUACGCGACUGUUAAACGGCUAAUAGACCAAUAUGCAUCGAAGCCAGACGUGCUCGACAUCAACUGUGUGGACCCUCUCAACCGGUCAGCUCUUAUUGCCGCUAUAGAAAAUGAAAACAUUGAACUUAUACGACUCUUUCUCGAAGCUGGCAUCAAAGUUAAGGAUGCACUACUUCAUGCCAUCAAAGAAGAAUACGUGGAGGCUGUGGAGAUGCUGCUGCAGUGGGAGGAGGAGCAUCACGUUGCUGGAGAACCCUAUAGUUGGGAAUCAGUAGACCCCUCAUCAGCGACCUUCACGUCAGACAUAACGCCGCUGAUCCUGGCUGCGCACAGGAACCACUACGAGAUCCUGAAGCUGCUGCUGGACAGGGGCGCCACGCUGCCCGUGCCUCACGACGUCAAAUGCGGCUGCGACGAGUGUGUGAAAUCAUCUCAAGAGGACUCCUUGCGGCACUCGCAGGCCCGCAUCAACUCGUACCGGGCGCUCAGCUCGCCCUCCCUGAUAGCGCUGUCCUCCGCGGACCCGGUGCUCACGGCCUUCCAGUUGUCAUGGGAACUGAACAGCUUGAGCCGGAUGGAGACGGAGUUCCGCGUGGAGUACAAGGCUCUAAGACAACAAGUACAAGAGUUCGCAACAUCCCUCUUGGACCACACGAGAACAUCCCAUGAGCUGGAGAUCAUGCUGAACUACAAUCCGUGGGAGGUGGACUGCUGGGAGCCGGGCGAGCGGCAGACCUUGGGACGGUUGAAACUGGCGAUUAAGUAUAAGCAGAAAAUGUUUGUGGCACAUCCUAACGUACAACAAUUACUCGGCGCUAUCUGGUAUGAAGGUCUCCCUGGUUUCAAACGGAAAAACAUCGUCGGUCAAUGUGUUCAGGUUGCAAAACUCGGUGCUAUGUUCCCCAUAUAUUGUUCGAUUUACAUGAUGGCCCCCGAUUCUGAAUAUGGUAGAUUUAUGAAAAAACCCUUCGUCAAAUUCAUCUGUCACAGCUCCUCAUACAUGUUAUUCUUAUCAUUACUAUCACUGGCGUCACAAAGAGCGGAAUUCGUUGUUUUGGAAUAUUCUGGAAUAUCCUGGUUGCAAGAGUUAGUGGAAUACUGGAAAGCGCAUGAACGGGGAUCGCUGCCUGGACUUAUAGAAUUUUGCGUCAUCGUCUACAUAGCAAGUUUAAUAUGGGGUGAGAUCCGGUCACUGUGGUCUGGAGGUCUGAUGGAAUACAUCAGCGACCUUUGGAACAUGGUGGAUUUCAUCACUAACAUGUUUUACAUAGCUUGGAUCUGCCUACGGUUUUCCUCGUGGUACAUUGUACAGCGCGACUACAAAAGCGGCAAGGACCCUUGGUACCCCCGCGAGCGCUGGGACUCGUUCGACCCAAUGCUUCUAUCCGAAGGCGCGUUUGCCGCUGGCAUGAUCUUCUCGUUCCUAAAACUGGUGCACAUCUUCUCCAUUAACCCCCAUCUGGGGCCACUACAAGUGUCCCUAGGGAGGAUGAUCCUGGAUAUCAUGAAGUUCUUCUUCGUGUAUAUGUUGGUGCUGUUCGCGUUUGGAUGUGGUCUGAAUCAACUAAUGUGGUACUAUGCGGAAUUGGAAAAGAAUAAAUGUUACCAUCUUCCAAACGGGGAUUUACCGGAUUUCGACAACCAGGAGCGAGCGUGUACGAUAUGGAGACGUUAUGCGAACUUAUUCGAAACAUCCCAAUCUCUAUUCUGGGCGUCCUUCGGUCUCGUGGACUUGACCUGUUUCGAAUUAACCGGCAUCAAGAGCUUCACUCGUUUCUGGGCACUGCUUACAUUUGGAUCGUACUCCGUUAUCAAUAUUAUCGUCCUGUUGAAUAUGUUGAUCGCUAUGAUGUCGAAUUCUUAUCAGAUUAUUUCGGAAAGAUCAGACAUCGAGUGGAAGUUCGCCCGCAGUAACCUUUGGAUGUCGUACUUCGAAGAUGGUGAUACUGUCCCACCACCAUUCAAUAUUAUCCCCACUCCCAAACAUGUUUCUGGGUGGAUCAACCGCAUUUGCAGCGAUCGGGACCGGGGUUCGAUUAUUAACAAAUCGCGCGAAAAAGCGCGUCUCCAGCACGAAGCAGUGAUGCGUGUGUUAGUCCGUCGCUACGUUACUGCAGAACAGCGGGCCCGAGACGAAGUGGGUGUCACUGAGGAUGACGUUAUGGAGAUCAGACAGGAUAUAUCCACUUUGCGAUUCGAAUUAAUUGAUAUAUUGGCUAAUAAUGGCAUGAAGACACCCAGGAUCAAUAUGAAUGAAACUACUAUAUCUGGCAAGAAAGGUAAAGUAAUGGAAAGGAGGAUUCUAAAGGACUUCCAGAUCGGUAUCGUUGAGGGUAUAAUAAAUGAUGUUAUAUCGAGAGAGGCUAAACCAAAGGAUGUGUUCAGUCAAAUCGCUAAAGCUAUUGUUAGGAAAGGAAGCCCUGAAAACAAAAAACGCGACUGGAACGCCGCGGUUCGAACCAACACUAUUCGCCGCGAUCCGAUCGGCAGCACCAAUGAGGCUGAAACCAAACGCAGCAGACAAUCCCUCAGAGCGCAUAUACUUGAUAACGUUAAAGAGAGGACUAUAGAUCCACAGAAAUUGUUGGAAUUCAAUCCGAAACUAUCAGAAGUAACUCCAACAACAAGAGUUGCGUAUGCCAAAUUCAUGAGAAGCAAGAUAAAGUCCGAUUUUAGUGAAAGAGAGAAAUCUGGAACUUCAGAGAAAGAUUUCACUAUUGAAGAUGAAACUGCGUCUGGUAAAGUUAAACCUAAAACCCCACCAGUUAAACCUAAAUCACCAGCUCGAGAAGGAUCAGAUGAACCAAGUUUGAAACAAAACGAAAUCAAAGUCCAAGCUCACAUUGAAGAUAAAGGCAGUGGUUCAGGAUCAGGACCGUCCCAACCGAAACCAUCCCCACCACAACCAAAACCAGAAGAACCGAAACCCGCACCCGCAGAAGCCAAACCCGAACAAAAAGAGCACAUCAUCCAGAUAGAGGAACCAGAGUCACCGACCAAAAACCUUUACAUAACUAAAGAAGAGGACUCAAACCUGCAAAAACCGAUCACACCAACACCAAGUGCACAUUCCAAAUCAGAGAAACCCGAACAAAUUCUAUCAGCCGCCACUUUAGAAGCAGAUCACAGUGCAACAAAACCUGAUAGUACGACCACGACAGAUCCAAAGGAAACUGAAAAACCCAAAGAGCCAAAAGAACCUAAACCCAAACCUCCCAAACCCAAACCUAGUCCUUCUUCCUCCCUGGCCCCCCCUCCCGGCCCACAAAUGGUUACAGAUAAAGGAAAAUCUAAAGUCACGGGAAAAAUCGUUUCCGGCUGGCUAUAAGUGAAGUGACUGUUUUAGAAUAGACGUAUUAGUGAGAUAUAAAUGUUAUAGCAAUAAUUAUAAUAAGCCGUUUUUUCAAUUCAGUACAUUUGUUUUAGUCAAUACGAAUGUCCCAAUGAUAUACUGUUUGUUUGUAGUUUGAUUGAUACUCGUUCUAGUGACUGGUUCUAUUUAUUAAACGUUGUAUGGUCUAAAGCGAUAAUUUUAUUAUG